UGCCGCCAGGGGGCGCUGUACAGAGAUACGGUGUGCCAGAGCGCCGCGGCGUCCCAAGAUGGCGCAGACCGUGAAUGUGGCGGAGCUGUCGUUGCCGCAGCUCGAGGUGCUGAAGAACCAGCUGGACCAGGAGGUGGAAUUCCUCUCGUCUUCCAUCACCCAGCUCAAGGUGGUGCAGACCAAGUAUGUGGAAGCCAAGGACUGCCUCAACGUGCUCAACAAAAGCAACGAAGGGAAGGACCUGCUGGUGCCGCUCACCAGCUCUAUGUACGUCCCUGGGAAGCUCUCGGAUGUUGAGCGUGUGCUGAUUGAUGUUGGAACCGGCUACUACGUGGAGAAGACUGCAGACGAUGCCCGAGAGUUUUUCAAGCGGAAGAUCGACUUCCUGACCAAGCAGAUGGAGAAGAUCCAGCCUGCAUUGCAGGAGAAGCACGCCAUGAAGCAAGCUGUGGUGGAGAUGAUGAGCCAGAAGAUCCAGCAGCUGACGGCGAUGGGGGCAGCACAAGGGGCCACCACCAAGGCGUGACCUUCAGCCUCAGCACCUGCCUUCCUCAUCCUGCUAGGGAGUGAACCAGAGAGCACUGCAGGGACACAGAGGGUUCUUCUCCAUGUUGUCUUCACAUGGUCACUCCAGUCUGAAGUUGUGUGGCACCACGAUGUGAAGCGUGGGCCAAACCUUUCCUUAUUGUUAAGCUGCACUGUUGCCAGCACACAGAAUAAACACAGCAUGGGCACAGCCA